CGCGCGGGGAGGACCGGAAGCGCGGCCGAGCCCGUUGCCGUGACAGCGGGCCCGGGGCCGUCAUGGAGGCCGCGCUCACCGACAUGUAUGACCAGGCGUUGCUGGGCAUUCUGCAGCACGUCGGUAACGUGGAGGAGUUUCUGCGCGUCCUCUUCGGCUUCCUCUACCGCAAGACCGACUUCUACCGGCUCCUGCUGCGGCCCGGGGACCGCCUGGGCUUCCCGCCCGGCGCGGCACAGGCCAUGGCCCUGCAGGCGUUCCGAGUGUUUGAGCGGAUGGCCAGGCAGGAUGAUGAGAAGAGGCGCCGGGAGCUGGAGGCAAAGCUGAGGAAGAAGGAGGAGGAGGAAGAGGCAGCUGCAGCUGCCGAGAGGGUGAAGCUGUGCCCUGCAGCUCAGGAGGUUGAGGUGGAGACAACGGAGCACAUCCCAGCACCAGAUGUCGGGGGAGCUGUGGGCACAGAGGAAUCAGCUGCAGCCCAGGGUGCCGCAGCCCCCAGCUCUGUGUCGGUGGAGCCUCUGGGGGCUGCUGCCCCAGCAGAGUUGCUGACGAGACAGGAACAGUUCCAGACAAACCCUGACAGCUACAAUGGAGCUGUGCGAGAGAAUUACACCUGGUCCCAAGACUACAGCGACCUGGAAAUUAAAGUGCCUGUGCCCAAGCACAUCGUCAAAGGCAAACAGGUGUCUGUGGAUAUCAGCAGUGGCGCAAUUCGCGUAGCGGUGCUGGAGGGGAGCAGCCAGCAUGUCCUCAUGGAAGGGAAACUCACCCACAAGAUCAAUACGGAGAGUUCCCUGUGGAGCCUGGAACCCGGGAAGUGCAUUUUGAUCAACCUGAACAAGGGGGACGAGUACUGGUGGAAUGCUAUCCUGGAGGGCGAGGAGCAGAUCGACAUUGACAAGAUCAACAAAGAGCGCUCCAUGGCCACAGUGGAUGAGGAGGAGCAUGCUGUGCUCGACCGCCUCACCUUUGACUACCACCAGAAGCUGCAGGGCAAGCCCCAGAGCCACGAGCUGAAGGUGCAUGAGAUGCUAAAGAAGGGCUGGGACACCGAGGGCUCCCCGUUCCGUGGCCAGAAGUUCGACCCCUCCAUGUUCAACAUCUCCCCUGGCGCCGUCCAGUUUUGACGGUGGCAAAAACAACUGAAAAACGAAGCAGGGAGAGGAGAAACCUCCCGGAUGCCCACUGGGACUCUCGCACUUCGUGCCGGUGCCCAUGACCCGCUGCUCCACGCUGCCAGCACCCAUCGGUGCAGGGAAGCCAGGCGCGGGCAGAUUUACAUCCUGUCACCACGGCAACCCCGGCGCCGAGACCCCUCUCCUCCCUGCCUCCCCUUGCCUCGCGCUGCCGACGCUCUGUGUUUUUCCGGAAUAGACGGAUCAUGUUGGGUGACAUAA